AUGGCAUCUGCUCGUCAUGUCAUUGUUUCGACAGCCUCUGGUACUGGCCAAGCACAAUCCUUCUACGAAUCACAUCUGACCGACACUUUCAAAUCUCUUGGUUUUAAAGAAGGAGAGCAUUUCUUUGUGCAUUUCACAAAAUCUGAAGAUACCAUUACCGAACUUACGAAAGACGUCUUCCUACCUGCUGCAAACACUGGAGCUGUGCUUUCCAUCAUCUUGCUGAGUGGUGAUGGAGGCGUCGUAGAUAUCAUCAAUGCUGUUCUCACUUCCUCGCGGAGUCCUGACUUUGCUUGCCCUGAGAUUACCUUACUACCCUUGGGUACUGGAAACGCAUUGGCAAACUCUUUGGGCAUUACCGCAGACGAUAGUAUGGGCUUGUCGACCUUGAUGCAGGGAAAGUCGCGUCCUCUACCAAUUCUCCGUACCACCUUCUCUCCCGGUUCAAGACUUCUUAUUCACGAAGGCAGUGACGAAGCGGAGCUCUUCAAUCACAAUGGCAAGCCAACGAUAUGGAGUGCUGUGGUGUGCAGUUGGGGCAUGCAUGCUUCGCUUGUAGCAGACAGCGACACGACCGAAUAUCGCAAACAUGGUGUUGAACGCUUCCAAAUGGCAGCCAAAGCAGCUCUCUAUCCUGAAGAUGGAUCGCCGCCACACAAGUAUCGCGGUCGUGUUUCUGUUCUCCGCGGAUCAGAAUGGCAUGAACUUGAUGAACAAGAGCAUGCAUACGUUCUGGCAACCUUUGUCUCCAACCUCGAAAAGAACUUCACCAUAUCGCCUGCCUCAAAGCCACUGGAUGGAAAGCUACGGUUGAUACACUUUGGGCCAAUGUCUGGCGACGAAGUCAUGGCAGUGAUGACCGAGGCGUACAACCAGGGCAAACAUGUCAACGACGACAGGGUUCGCUACCAAGAAAUUGAUGGCUUGAGAAUAGCAUUCGACGAUUCGGAAGAGGACGGUCGUUGGAGAAGGAUAUGUAUUGAUGGCAAGAUCAUCCGUGUCGAGAAGGGAGGCUGGGUUGAGCUUGUCAAGGAAGAUACCCAUGUUCUCGACAUUGUUUGCAGUGCUGAACAUGUCUAA